AUGGAGGUCUCAUCAACAUCAUCCAUGUGUUCAAAAGCAGAACAAAUCAUGCAAAACUCCACUCCCAUAAUCUCAUCUCCUAGGUUUCAGCCUCAGACAAGAUCUCCUCAUCAUCAGCAUGAGCAGCAUCAACAUCUUGCAAAUCCUUAUCCUACGACAUUUGUUCAAGCAGACACUUCCACUUUCAAACAAGUCGUGCAGAUGCUCACUGGCUCCUCCACCGAUACCAACACUGGAAACAAUCACGAACCUCCUUCUACGGUGAACAACAACAAUAACAAAGGAGGCUUCUCAAUCCCACCCAUCAAGAAAACCAGCAGCUUUAAACUCUACGAAAGGAGACAAAACAAUAACAACAUGUUUGGUAAGAAUGAUUUAAUGAUCAAUACUUUAAGGCUUCAAAACUCUCAGAGGUUGAUGUUCCCAAGCGGAAACAAUGGUCAUCAUCAAAGCCCAAGAUUCUCUCCAAGGAAAAUUUCAUCUGAGAAUGUUCUUCUUUCUCCAAGCAUGUUAGAUUUCCCGAAGCUAGGGCUAAACAGUCCCGUUACGCCGCUAAGAAGCAACGAUGACCCCUUCAACAAGUCAUCGCCUAUGUCUUUAGGGAGUUCAUCUGAAGAAGACAAAGCCAUUGCUGAAAAAGGAUUUUAUCUUCAUCCUUCUCCAGUUUCAACUCCUAGAGACUCUCAGCCACUGCUUCUUCCUCUUUUUCCGGUUACUUCUCCGAGGAAUCCAUAAAUCCUGACGAUGUGUUCACAUUCUAUAAUAAGUUAAAUAUUUCACUGGAUUUUGUUUAGCUAUAACUAAGAUAUAUAAGUUUAUGCAGUUUAUGUGUUCACUUUUAAUUUGAAAAAGUUGUUGCAGUUUAUGUAAUUGGAAGGUAGAUAUAUCCAUGAAUCAUGAUACUGAUUUAAGACACUAUUCAUUUUUAAUGAAAAAAAAUCGUUUAUAG